AUGGCGUCCCCGGCGCUGGCGGUGGCGCUGGCGGCAGCGGCGGCGGCGGGCCCCAACGCGAGCGGCGCCCGCGAGUGGGGCAGCGGGGGAGCCGCCAACGCCUCGGGGGUCGCCUGGGGGCCGCCCCCGGGCCAGUACUCGGCGGGCGCCGUGGCGGGGCUGGCGGCGGUGGUGGGCUUCCUGAUCGUCUUCACCGUGGUGGGCAACGUGCUGGUGGUGAUCGCCGUGCUGACCAGCCGCGCGCUGCGGGCUCCACAGAACCUGUUCCUGGUGUCGCUGGCCUCGGCGGACAUCCUGGUGGCCACGCUGGUCAUGCCCUUCUCGCUGGCCAACGAGCUCAUGGCCUACUGGUACUUCGGGCAGGUGUGGUGCGGCGUGUACCUGGCGCUCGACGUGCUCUUCUGCACCUCGUCCAUCGUGCACCUGUGCGCCAUCAGCCUGGACCGCUACUGGUCCGUGACGCAGGCCGUGGAGUACAACCUGAAGCGCACGCCGCGCCGCGUCAAGGCCACCAUCGUGGCCGUGUGGCUCAUCUCGGCCGUCAUCUCCUUCCCGCCGCUCGUCUCGCUCUACCGCCAGCCCGACGGCGCCGCCUACCCUCAGUGCGGCCUCAACGACGAGACCUGGUACAUCCUCUCGUCCUGCAUCGGCUCCUUCUUCGCGCCCUGCCUCAUCAUGGUCCUGGUCUACGCGCGCAUCUACCGCGUGGCCAAGCUGCGCACACGCACGCUCAGCGAGAAGCACACAACCACCGGCCCCGACGGCGCGUCGCCCACCACGGAGAACGGGCUCGGGGCGCCGACGGGCGCGGGCGAGAACGGGCACUGCGCGCCCCCGCGCCGCCCGCGCGCGGACGUGGAGCCCGAGGACAGCAGCGCGGCGGCCGAGAGGCGUCGGCGGCGGGGGGCGGUGCGGCGAGGUGGGCGGCAGCGCGCGGACGGCCAGGCCGGCGAGGGCGGCGCCGGCGCGCUGGCUCCCGGGCCCGCCGAGCAGGGCGCGCUCGCCGCCGCCGCGAGGUCCCCCGGUCCCAGCGGGCGCCUGUCUCGCGCCAGCUCGCGCUCCGUCGAGUUCUUCCUGUCGCGCCGGCGCCGGGCGCGCAGCAGCGUGUGCCGCCGCAAGGUGGCUCAGGCGCGCGAGAAGCGCUUCACCUUCGUGCUGGCCGUGGUCAUGGGCGUGUUCGUGCUCUGCUGGUCCCCCUUCUUCUUCAGCUACAGCCUGUACGGCAUCUGCCGCGAGGCCUGCCAGGUGCCGGACCCGCUCUUCAAGUUCUUCUUCUGGAUCGGCUACUGCAACAGCUCGCUCAACCCGGUCAUCUACACGGUGUUCAACCAGGACUUCCGGCGCUCCUUCAAGCACAUCCUCUUCCGCCGGAGGAGAAGGGGCUUCAGGCAGUGACUGGUGCGCCCCGCCGGGCGCGGAGACCCUGGGCGGCUCCGGGAGGAGGGGGCGGG